AUGCCUAGUCCUGUAAAAGAAAUUGCAUUGCGGCUUGAAAGCGAAUGUGAUAUCGUGAAUACCCAAAGCCUUCUCUCCAUAAUCCGACCUAAUUGGCCGAAAGAAAAACUGUGCUUUAAGGUUUUUAAUGAAGGGAUUUCGAACACAUUGUUUGCAAUUUACCUUGAUACUCCUCUUACUCCUGAUAAUACUGUCUUGGUUCGUAUUUUUGGAUACCAGACGGAACUUUAUAUCGAUCGAGAUAGAGAAGCUUUGUAUAUGUGGAUUCUUAAUCAAUUUGGAUUUACAAGUCAAGUUUUUGCUAAAUUUACCAACGGAAUAUGCUACGGCUACAUACCUGGAUUUACUCCAUCUUGUGAAAUGCUAACUAAGCCCCAAUAUUUCAAGAUGGUUGCUGAAAAACUUGCCGCUCUCCAUUGUCUGCCCGUUUCGGAAUUCGCCAAAAAGCACUUCUCAGGCACUGAACUUGUCCCAGAUACCAAGCCGUGCGUCAUGCAUUACUUAACGAAGUUCAUUGGCCUCCUUCCUGAAUGUUUUUCCUCUAAAUUAUCAAUGAAUUGUGCCGGUGAUGGUUCUGUGAUGGCUGAUUGCCAGCUCAAUUACCUCAGCAAGGAAUAUCUUGAAGGUGAAGUGAAAUUCCUACGCAAACUUCUUUCCAAUGCCAAAUCCCCUGUGGCGUUUUGCCACAAUGAUCUUCUUUUCGGCAACAUCGUUUUCUCGCCUAACGAAGAUUCCGUUCAUUUUAUUGAUUUUGAAUACUGUGGUUACAAUCACGUCUGCUAUGACAUCGCCAACCACUUCUGUGAAUACGCUGGCAUGUCAAAUCCUGAUUACUCGAAGAUACCUUCAAAUGAAAUGCAGAGGGAAUGGGUUCGUGUGUACCUUAGUGCAUACCAACGACUCUGUACAAAGCAUACAACAAAAACAUCUGAAAGCCAUGCUAACAAAGUGUGUAUCAACGCAGCCGAAGUGGAUAAGUGGUUGGAAGAAAUACGUCACUUUACUUUGGCUUCCCAUCUCUACUGGGGAAUUUGGGGCAUGGUUCAAGCCUUCAGGUCGAAAAUCGCCUUUGAUUACACAGGGUAUGUCAUCUGUCUUGUGAUUGGCCUAAAGUUUAAUCCACGAUAG